ACUGCUGGUGUCGCAUCUUUGUAAGUGCCUGGUCAUCAUCAGCGAAAGUUGUGCUCCUUGCGGGACCAAUAAUGCGCGCCAUCGCCUCGGCUACAGCGCCUCCUCGCCCAGGGCCGCCCCCAGCCGUCCGAUCAGGAUCCAACGCCGCAGACCGCCCAGGGUUCCUCACACCGCCCCUCCCCGCUCCCCGCCUCCGCCUCCGUCGCCGGCGACCGCCGGAGCCCUCGCCGCCGUCCACCCGCCGCCCCAUGCCUCCUCCCUCCGCGGCCGCCGGCGGAGCCGCCGUCGGUGGCUCCUUCCCCGAGCUGACCUCCGCGUCCGACUUUCUAGCCGUCGCCGCCCCCGGCGGCCGCGUCUCCGUCGUCGGCUUCGGCUCUCUCCUCUCCGAGCGGAGCGCGAGGAGCACGUUCCCGGAGCUUGAGGGCUUCCGCGUGGCGGCUCUGCGCGGCUUCCGGCGAGUCUUCGCCCACUCCGCCCCCAUCUUCUUCGAGCGCGGCAUCGCCGUUGAGGCCACCAAGGAGUUCUCAAGCUUAAGUGUGGAGCCAUGCAAGGGUGAACUGAUAGUAGUCACUGUUUUCGAAAUCAAGGAGGAUGAGGUGCCAGCAUUUAUCGAGAGGGAACAUGAGUUUAGAUUUCUUGCGGUUGUUCCUGAAGGAUUGGACGGAGUGCCUUUUACAAAUCCAGCAGUUGUCUGUGCGCGCUACAGCGAUGAAGAAUAUUUUCAAGAGAGAUGCCAAGGAAGCAAGGAAAUAUAUAACCAACGCUAUGGACGGUACAACAUUGACAAGAUUUGGAGAGAUGAUAUUUUACCAUGUCGCCUAUAUCUUAGACAUUGUGUUCUUGCUGCGAAAAAUCUUGGAGAAUCAGCAUACAGCAACUUCUUAGAUCACACCUAUCUUGGUGACCGGAAAACAACAAUAAGGGAAUACUUGGCCAGUACCGGAGCUGGCAUCAUGGAAGAGGAGCCCCCUGAGUCGUUAAAAAUCCGUUACGGUGGCUAGCUCGACGAAUGGCUCCCAUAGCCACCACAACCUGUGGAAUUUCCACUCACUUGCAGCCUAUCAAAUAGACAAGUUGGUGCAUUUCCAGGAUUUGAUAAAAAUUGCCUGAUGCCUCGGUGCUAGCUCGACGAAGAUUCCGAUUGUUCACGCGGACGACGCCAAAUAUGUGAUUUGUGACCUUAUUGGCCUAUUGUGUUGAUGUAAAACAACUGUGACUAUCUGUGCGGAGGAAGCCAAAGAUAUGAUUUGUGACCCAAUUUUGAUUGAUGUACAACUAUAAUUGUGACUAUUUGCCAUCAAAACAGAAAUUCAGAGCCAUACACGCCGAAAAUGAGGACAAAAUGCAUCUUUCUUUUUCCUUCC